AUGCCCGGCUCGAAUCCCGUUCCGCUAGAAUCGCUUCUUCUGCCGCUGAAGCCCGAGUCGCUCCAGUUUACGCAGUAUGAGCCGACCAAGCUUACUCGGAGGAUACCGAGGAAGCGGACGGCCGCGGUCGCUAUCUGUCUGUUCGUUGGUAGAUUAGGGGAUCUAUAUGUCUUGCUAUCGACCCGGGCAGACAAUAUGCGGUCCUAUGCCUCAGAUACGGCUCUUCCGGGUGGGAAGUAUGAAGAGGGGGACAAGAAUGAGGAGUGGACAGCGAGAAGAGAGGCAUACGAGGAGAUUGGCCUCCCUCAAGAUCCAGAACAGGUCCGGUGUCUCUGCCUCUUGGACCCCUUUCUCACAGGCAAUGGCCUCAUCGUCACCCCCGUAGUCCUCCUCAUCAUCAGCACCUCCAUCAACCCCAUCCUCAAUCCCUCCGAGGUCCAACACCUAUUCUCCAUGCCGCUCCCCUCAUUCCUCUACUCCCACCCGUCCAAGAUCCCCGGAUGGCACUUCGGCAUCUCUACCCGCGUCGCCGCCGCCGCGUCCGCUCUCGCUCCAGGCGGGCUGGUCAUCCCCCCUCCGCCCCCGAUACCUUAUGCGGAGCAAGGGGAGGCGGGCGUCGUAGGCGGGGGCGAAGGGAGGUAUUAUGGGUAUAGGGAUAUCGAGUGGGGUCCGGGAACAGUGAGGAUGCAUCGGUUUCUGACGGGUAGGGAGGGGACGGGGGUCAAGCCGGUGUAUGGGCUGACUGCUGCUAUUCUGAUCAGAGCCGCGGUGGUGGGGUACGACCAGAAGCCCGAGUUCGCAAUGACCGCGCCUACGCAAAAGACCAUGGUCGAGCGAAUAGAGUAUGAGGUCCGGCAUGGAUCGGGUCCACUAAGGAGAGCUAUCGAAGCUGAGGGAAUGUCCGAGGACUGGGUAGAUCCAAAGGCAAAGUUGUAA